AUGCUGCUCCUCCGCGGCCUCGCCCUCCUGGCCGUGGCCGCCGUGCAGCUGCUCAGGCUUCCCGGCCAGGCGGGCAACGCGGUGCUGGAGGCGACCAAGGGCGCGGUCGACGCGGCCGUGGAGCUCGUCCUCGGCGUGGCCUGGGACGUGGCCGUGGCCGUCGUCUCGGCGCUGCUGGACUUCCUGUGGAGCGUCGCCACGGGCGCCGCGGACCUCGCGGCCACCGCGGUGGCCGAGCUCGUAGAGGCGGCGCGGGACGGCAGCGAGGAGGCCGCCAAGACCCUCGCGGUGGCGCUGGAGGGCGCGGUGGAUGCGGCGGUGACCGUGGUCACCAAGCUUGUGGAGAGCUACGUGGAUGCGCUUGGGCGUGUCGUGGAGAACCUCAGCUGA